CGCCACCUCAGCGCCGGCGGCCCCGAAGAUGGCGGGAGUCAAAGCUCUCGUGGCCCUGUCCUUCAGCGGAGCCAUCGGGCUGACCUUCCUCAUGCUGGGCUGCGCCCUGGAGUAUUACGGUGUGUACUGGCCUCUCUUUGUCUUAAUAUUUUACUUCAUCUGCCCCAUUCCCCACUUCAUUGCCAAAAGAGUCAGUGAUGACAGUGAUGCAGCCAGCAGUGCCUGCAGGGAACUGGCCUAUUUCUUCACCACUGGAAUUGUUGUUUCUGCCUUUGGAUUUCCCAUCAUCCUGGCUCGGGUUGAAGCGAUCAAAUGGGGAGCCUGUGGUCUGGUGCUGGCUGGCAAUGCAGUAAUUUUCCUUACUAUUUUAGGCUUUUUUCUUGUGUUUGGGAGAGGAGAUGACUUUAGCUGGGAGCAGUGGUAGGACCUCGCUCUGGUGCUGGUACCACUUGGCAGCCUGGAUCACCCUGUCUGUACUCUGUGUGUGUAUAGAUGAUACCAUCUCUGUGUGUGCACAUACAUGGAGUUUUAUCAGCUUACAAAGUGCUUUUUUUUAAAAAUAAAAAUGCCUUCAGCCAAAGGGAGAGAGGCCCUUCUGACAGCUGACUUCAUGCUGGAAUCACCGUUGGCAGAUUUGUACCCCAGGAAGUUUACAAAACAGAAGUGGUUUGUACUCAUUUGUUCACUUUGCAUUAACUUUUGGUUUAAUCACAGAAGUGUCCUGGAUACACAUCACACUGGCCAGGAUGCCUGGGGGUUAUUCUAACCAUGUUAUCAAGAAAGAUAUGAAGGUUAUCCUGCCUGCUAUUGUUCAACCUGACUGAUAUUUCUGCUUUGGUUAGGGAUGAACAAGAACUUGCUUUUCAUUUGAGUAGUUGUCAUUUCAGUGGUUUUUCUAAUAGUAUAAAAACCCACAUAGGUUAUGUUAACUCUUUUGCUGCUUAAUGAGAGAAAAAGGGAAAUAUCCUUGGUUAAAAGUCACAGAACCAUAGAAUGUUAAGGGUUGGUUUAGGGUCAUCUAGGGCAGGGCACACAGAACACAUCCAGAGGGUUGGAAAGGCUCCAGAGAAGGAGACUCCAGAACCUCUCUGGGCAGCCUGGGCCAGGGCUCCCUCACCCUCACACUCCAUAAGUUUCUCCUCAUCUUGAGCUGGAACUUCCCAUGUUCUACCUUCAGCCCAUUAUUCCUUCUCCUACCACAGGGCACCACUGAGAAGAGAUUGAUUGGCCUCAUCCUCUGCACACCCACCCCUCAGAUAUUUAUAAUCAUGCAUAAGAUCCCCUCACCCUUCUCCUCUCAAAGCUGAACAGCCCCAGGGCUCUCAGUCUUUUUUCACAGGAGAAAUGCUCAAGUCCUUCCAAAAAUCCUUCCAUCUUCCCCAAAAUCCUCCCAUCUACAUACCAUGUUCAUCUAGAAAAGAAUUCUUGCUCCCCAAAGAUACUCAGGCUUUGUCCCUGUUCCACUUUGAUGUGCAUAUAUUUUGGGAACAAUGUUAUAAUGCCUCUUCAAUGCUUAGAGCUGGCAUUAUUUCUCUUCUCUAAGACUCGCAAAAGAGGAAACAAGAGUCAGGACACUCAGAGUCACAAUGUAGCAUCAAACUCUGUGUUUUUGUGUCAGAUGCCUGAGCUGCAAAGAAGUAAAUGUUCUGCUGGGUAGGACUUUGUAUCUCCUCAGUUCUCUUUGCUUUUAAAACAAACUUAUUCAACUACUGUUUUUUUAUUAUCUGCAAGAAAAGGUUGUUCUAUUAAAACACUAUCUUUUAACAUAGCAUUACCCUAGUCAACAUUCACAGAAUCACACAUGCAAAAGUAAACUCUUACUGUUUUGACUUGCUGAGUCCUGCAAGUUGUGGAGACACUGGAAAACUCCAUUCUGAUGCAGCCCCAUCAGUAAUCUGCAAAGGGGUAGAGGGAGAGACACCUGAGUUGAAUGUGCCAUAGAAAAAUUGACAUGAAAAGGACAUGAAAAAAUUCUCUUGCAGUGUCUUCUUCCUGACUUCAGGGGAAAUCUGCUGGGAUGACUGAUUUGUAAAGUACUACUGUGGAAAUUAUUCUAAUUAGGAGCCAGGUUGUUUAGAAUAAUCAUAAUUUCCACAGAGAAGCCCUCCUUUGGGUUUUUGUUUUUGUUUUUUUUUUUAAUAGAAUUUGCCUUUAUUCCUGUACCACGACCUCUUUAGUUGAAAUUGGUGAAGUAAAAGAGCAAUGAUAAUACAGAGUUUAAGUGCCUCACCCUGUAAAUGCCUGAUGUCAUUGCUAAUAAUUCUGUUUCACUCCUCUUAAAAUACUUCUGUGCUUGCAGGGUUUAAGUUUUCCAGUAUUUUAAUUCCUUAAAAUCUAUGUACCAAAGGCUGCAAGGGAAAUCUACAAUACCAGUCAAUAAUUACUGAUGAAAUGAUGCUUUCAAAGCAGCUGUGAUGAAUUUUUCUUUAAAUUAGGCAGUAUUUGUAGGCUCUGCUCUAGGUCUGUUAGUAAAUGGGAUGCUUGUGACAGCUUGGGAUCCAGGCAGCAAACGUGACAAUCUGACAUGAAAAGGAGGACAGAAAGUACAGGCUUGGGGAGAGGUUGCUGCUUUGACAAGUUAUUUAGGGUCCUUUAUUCCCUUUGGUAUUACUGUGGUUGGUGGGUACCUCCUGAGGUGGCAGGUAAAUGUUGGGUGGAGAAAGUCAAUGCUUUUUGUUUUUAAUUCCUUCUUUUGAAGCAGCUUCAUGCACUAAUCCUUAAUGUGAGCUCCACGCAGCUUUCAUUUGGAAACGUUCACCUUCAGAAGUUGUGUUGACAUCAUGGAAAUCUGCCUUGACCUCUUUGAAAGCAAAUUGGCUUGAAGGAGCCUUCAGUAUCAAAUAGUCAGGGUUAAAAAAGAAAAUAAAAAGAGAAGUAAUUCAGUGCUUUUUUAUCAAGAUCUUCACUCAUUUACACAAGCCUGGUGCUUUGAUGCCAGUCCUGGGCAUCCUGUCACUCUGGACCAGUAGCAGUUUACUGUGGUUUCUCUGAACUUGUUUUCCUCUAUGGAAGUGAAUACUAUGUAUCCAAAGUGCCUGAAUUUCGAUACUGUGCUGGUUUUUUUAUUGUUAAUUUUUUUUGUGAAUGCAUAAACACAGCAAUAUCACUCUGGUUUGUAAUCAGCUGGAAACCUGUUACUGCAUUUUAUAAAGCUUCCUUGUCCACUAAUCCUGUUUCCUGUAACUGGGAAUGCAGUGCAGCUUUUGUAACUUAGGUAAAAACUGUUUUUAUUUCCUGUGGUUGCCAGGUUCUUGAGAUGAUGAAGUAUUAAAACCAUGGAAAUUAAAGUAUACUCUUGGAGUUGUCUAAUGAAACUGUUUUGAAUUGUCUAAUAAACAAACCUGAUGCUGAA